AUGACUACGGGACCAGGUAAUGGUGCUAAUGGAUCGUCUAACACCUUGAAAUCACAGUUUGAUGGCAUUAUCAAGGACCCCGCCAACUCAUUAUAUUCUAUUCGACCCAACAGCGCAAGACCAUCUCGAAAAUCGACUUCAUCUCCAAUAUCAUCAACAGAUCAUUUGGAUGACGAGACAAAAUCAAACGCUGAAUUAGAAGAGAUCAAUUCAAGAUACUCACGCAUAGCACGAUUCAAAAAAAUACUACAAGCUACAAAUGUAGACCUAAAUGAUUUAAAACGACUGGCUUGGUCAGGGAUACCCGAAGAAUUACGUCCCAUGUCAUGGCAACUUCUCCUCGGUUAUCUACCUACCAAUGCCGAACGACGGGUGUCUACGUUGGCUAGAAAGCGCAAAGAAUAUCUGGAUGGUGUUUCACAAGCAUUUUCUAGUGGUCUUGAUCAGGUUAUGUGGCAUCAAAUUUCUAUUGACGUUCCAAGAACCAAUCCACAUAUCAAACUGUACGGGUUCGAAUCGACUCAGAGAGCCUUAGAACGCAUUUUAUAUCUAUGGGCUAUUCGGCAUCCUGCUUCGGGAUAUGUCCAAGGCAUCAAUGAUCUGGUGACUCCGUUUUUCCAAACUUUUUUAUCUGCAUACAUAGACGGAGACCCAGAAACGUGUGAUCCAGGUACCCUGCCAAAAAGUGUCCUUGAUGUGGUAGAAGCAGACAGCUUCUGGUGCUUAACGAAGCUUCUAGACGGUAUUCAAGAUAAUUAUAUUCAUGCACAACCAGGAAUCCAGCGACAAGUAGCAGAGCUCCGUGAUCUCACGCAAAGAAUAGAUGCACAGCUCUUUAAACACUUGCAAGAAGAAAACGUAGAGUUCAUGCAGUUCAGUUUCAGAUGGAUGAAUUGUUUGCUCAUGCGCGAGGUGAGUGUUAAGAAUACUAUUCGAAUGUGGGAUACCUAUCUGGCCGAAGGCUCAGAUGGGUUUUCCAAGUUCCAUGUCUAUGUCUGUGCAGCAUUCUUGGUCAAGUGGAGCCCAGCUAUUUUGCGAAUGGAUUUCCAAGAAGUCAUGAUGUUCCUACAGGCUCUACCGACUAAAGACUGGGACGAGAAAAACAUCGAGCUGCUGCUGAGUGAAGCAUUCAUGUGGCAAUCAUUAUUUAAGAACGCGUCGGCACAUCUAAGGUGA